CGUAACACGCCACCCAGUCCCACUAUUCUUCUCUUAAUUGGGCGAGUGCUGAAGAGAGAGAGAGUCAGAGAGAGGGAGAGAGGGAGAGAUCCUAAUACGAGUUGUAACCCCGAUAUAGCACAAGCAGAUUAAAGUUUUUCACUUUAAUUUUUCAAAUAUUCGUUAGAACAAGGGACCGUUGGGGAGGCUCCCGCCACGGUGUGCCAUGGCCCAGCUAGAGAGCCAGACCCAGAGCCAGACCACGAGCCAGCAGCAGCAGCAGCCCGCGGUCCUCGACACCAAAUCUCUGAUCUGCGCCCUCAACCUCGUGUCCCGCAACCUCCCCCUCCCUCCCGACCUCCACGACGCCGUUUCCUCAAUCUACUUCGCCCCCGAGGACACUGCGGCUAAUGCUGGCGGUGGCACUGGACCCGACGACGAGGCCGUUCCCCGGAAGAGUUUGGAAGAUCGCAGUAGUUACAAAGGAGAUCUGUUGGCCGACUUUGAGGAUUCACUGCUGGAGCAACGUCCGAACUGCAUGUCAGGUUCUGGAUUGACUACAUCAAGGGAAAAUCGUUAUCAGAGCCACCUUCAGCAUCGGUUGACUGAGCUUGAAGCAUUGCCUUCAAAUAGAGGCGAGGACCUGCAGACAAAGUGCUUGCUUGAGCUCUAUGGUAUUAAGCUGGCAGAGUUGCAAAGCAGGGUUCGAUCUAAUGUGAGUUCAGAGUACUGGCUCCGUAUGAAAUGUGCUGAACCCGACAAGCAAUUAUUUGACUGGGGUAUGAUGCGUCUGCGUCGCCCACUUUAUGGCGUCGGAGAUGCUUUUGCCAUGGAUGCCGACGACCAAUUCAGGAAAAAACGGGAUGCUGAGAGAUUGUCAAGGUUAGAAGAGGAGGAGAAGAAUCAGAUCGAAACUAGAAAAAGAAAAUUUUUUGCAGAAAUUCUCAAUGCAGUUCGUGAGUUCCAGUUGCAAAUUCAAGCAUCCAUGAAACGCCGGAAACAAAGGAAUGAUGGAGUACAGGCAUGGCAUGGAAGGCAAAGGCAACGUGCUACACGGUUAGAGAAAUUGAGGUUCCAAGCUUUGAAGGCUGAUGAUCAAGAAGCAUACAUGAGAAUGGUAAAAGAAAGCAAGAAUGAACGAUUGACAAUGCUUCUGGAAGAAACAAAUAAACUUCUUGUAAACUUGGGAGCAGCCGUUCAACGUCAGAAAGACGCUAAACAAUCAGAUGUGAUAGAGGACUUGAAAGACUCAGAAGCUGAUUCUCCUGAGGAAGAGAUGGACAUCAUUGAUUCCAGUCGCAAUAUUGAAACUAGUGAUUUACUUGAAGGUCAAAGACAGUAUAACUCAGCCAUUCAUUCAAUUCAGGAGAAGGUAACUGAACAGCCAUCCAUGCUUCAAGGAGGAGAAUUAAGGCCAUACCAGUUAGAGGGGCUUCAGUGGAUGCUCUCCUUGUUUAAUAACAACUUAAAUGGAAUUUUAGCUGAUGAGAUGGGGUUGGGGAAGACAAUACAAACUAUUUCACUGAUAGCAUAUCUCAUGGAGUACAAGGGUGUGACUGGGCCUCACUUGAUAGUGGCUCCAAAGGCUGUAUUACCAAAUUGGAUCUAUGAAUUCUCAAUGUGGGCUCCUAGUAUUGCAGCUUUUCUUUACGAUGGACGUUUAGAUGAGAGAAAAACAAUGAGGGAAGAGUUAUUAGGGGAGGGGAAGUUUAACGUGUUGAUCACACACUACGAUCUUAUCAUGAGAGAUAAGGCAUUUUUGAAGAAAAUUCAGUGGUACUACAUGAUUGUUGAUGAAGGGCAUCGGUUAAAGAAUCAUGAGAGUGUUCUUGCAAAGACUCUCGUCUCAGGCUAUCAGAUACGACGGAGGCUUCUCUUAACGGGUACCCCAAUACAGAAUAGUUUGCAGGAAUUAUGGGCCCUGCUUAAUUUUCUUCUGCCACACAUUUUUAAUUCAGUUCAAAAUUUCGAGGAGUGGUUUAAUGCACCGUUUGCAGACAAAGGUGAUGUUUCUCUUUCAGAUGAGGAAGAACUACUGAUCAUUCGUCGUCUGCAUCAAGUGAUAAGGCCAUUCAUAUUGAGGAGGAAAAAGGAUGAGGUGGAGAAGUACCUUCCUGGAAAAUCCCAGGUCAUUUUGAAAUGUGAUACAUCCGCUUGGCAGAAAGUAUACUAUCAACAGAUUACAGAUGUGGGCAGAGUUGGGCUAGAUAAUGGUUCCGGGAAAUCAAAAGGUCUACAGAACCUGACUAUGCAGCUCAGAAAAUGUUGUAAUCACCCAUACCUUUUUGUUGCAGCAGAUUAUAAUACAUGGCAAAAGGAGGAGAUAGUCAGAGCAUCGGGGAAAUUUGAACUUCUUGAUCGUUUACUGCCAAAACUCCAUAGAGCAGGGCAUAGAGUUCUGCUUUUCUCACAGAUGACUCGUCUCCUUGACAUUUUGGAAAUUUAUCUGCAACUUCACAAUUAUAAGUAUCUUAGACUUGAUGGUAACACGAAAACUGAGUAUAGAGGGACUCUAGUAGAACAAUUCAAUGCUCCUGACUCUCCUUUCUUUAUGUUUCUCUUGAGCACUCGUGCUGGAGGUCUUGGUUUGAACUUACAAUCAGCAGAUACGGUAAUACUUUUUGACAUUGACUGGAACCCUCAAAAUGAUCAGCAGGCCGAAGAUCGAGCCCAUCGUAUAGGACAGAAAAAGGAAGUUAGGGUAUUUGUGCUGAUUACUGUUGGAUCAGUUGAAGAGGCAAUCUUAGAGCGGGCAAAGCAGAAGAUGGGCAUUGAUGAAAAGGUCAUCCAGGCUGGACUUUUCAAUACAACUUCCACAGCUCAGGACAGCAAGCAGAUGUUAGAAGAGAUCAUGCGUAGAGGUACAAGUUCACUUGGGACAGAUGUGCCAAGUGAGAGAGAAAUCAAUCGCCUUGCUGCCCGAUCAGAUGAGGAAUUCUGGCUGUUUGAGAAAAUGGAUGAGGAAAGAAAACAGAAGGAGAAAUACAGAUCUCGGCUUAUGGAAGAACAUGAAGUGCCCGAUUGGGCAUAUUCUGCUCCCGAAAUUAAGGAAGAUGAGACCUUAGGUAUUGACGGUGGUGGUGUCACUGGAAAGCGUAGAAGAAAGGAUGUGGUUUAUGUUGAUACUCUGAGUGAUUUACAGUGGAUGAAGGCUGUGGAAAAUGGAGAAGACAUAUCAAGGCUUUCAGUUAGAAGGAAGAGAAGAGAUCCUUUUGCAUCCGAGGGAAAUGCAUCAGCUAUACAUAAUGCAGUUUCAGAGGAAAAGGUCUUGGAGUUGGGGAAUGAAAACAUGCCUACGACAAGUGAAGAUACCACUGCUCUGGCCCAAACCGCAGCCCCAAAGGGACCCAAGUCUGAAGAUGCUGAGAAACAUGAAUAUCAUGGUGUUGGAGGAAGCAACUGGAAUGGGCAUAUGUUUACAUGGAAUGCUCAUAAGAGAAAGAGAUCAAGCUAUGUUAUCCCGAGCUCAUCAUUGGAUUCUAGAGGGCAGAAUUCCAAUGGAAGAGGUGGAUGGACUUUUGAUCAAGAUGACUCAAAAAGAAUAUGAAACAUGGAUAUAAAAUAUCCAAUCGAGUACCUUAGCCUCAUUGUAUUUUUAGCCGCUAUUGUAACAUACAAGAGGCUCAAGCGUGUGCUCAGAUGUUAUAGGCUUACUGAUAUUCUUGGGGACACUGAGCUUUGGAUGAUAAAUUUAACUGGUGCAGUAAUGUUCACUCCUCAACUUCCAGUCAUUCUGCUGUUAUUAGCAUGUCCCUUAUCGGCAACAACUUGAAGGUAUUCCAAUAAUGGCAUGCACUUCAAUUAUUUUGCUCUCUAUGGGUUUCCAGAGUAAUCAUCUGAUUGGAUAACCAACUUAAGAGACUCCUGACCGGUGUGCAGAGAAAAGGAGGAAUAUUUGUAUUGAUGGUGUAGUUACAGUUGGUUUUUUUUUUUUU